GCCCCGAAUGGGUUCAGUCGAUGACUGCCAUCGCAGAGCGAGGAUCUGUUUGCUCUGCGGUGCGUCCUCCGUAUCCAACCCUCCAGAGUCGGCAACAGUAAAGGCGGAGAUCUUUAACGACGUCGCCGCUCAGCAGAUCCGACGCCUCAGGGCUGUGACGACGGAGACUCAACUUGCGCAGGCCUAUGGUCUCCCUAUUGCCUGUCACGUCGCUCAGGUCGAAACGGUGUGGACAGCCUGGCACGAUGCGAAUAUCAAUUCAGCACCUGACCACUACCACCGCGAAGCUGCUGGCACCGUGAAGACGUUACUCUGGGACUAUGGUGCUCUCGUCCACAAAGAGGGUGGCUGGGCAAUGUUCUUCCAUCGUAUGCUCUUACGGAUAACAGGCGGGCGCGAUCUGCCUCGUGAAGAGAACAAGACCGCGGCCACCUUGCCGCCUAGCCCGUUCUAUGGUCAGAACCGACGCUGGCACCCUUACCAGGAACCAGACCACAGCAGCAGUAGCAGCGUCAAGGAAGUCAAGAAGGGGAACGACAAGAGGAAAAACGCCAAAGGUGACAAGAGCAACAGCAAAGCCAAGGGUGGCAAGGGUAAGCCGGACGCAACCAAAGGAGACAGCGGCAAGGACGCAGCAGCCAAAGGCGACAGGGGUAAGCUAGGCGACAAGGGAGACAAAGGCAAAGGAAAGGAAGGGAAGCCGGUGGGCAAAGGAAGGGGGCCACUACCACCACAGCCGCACAGCCACCAGCCGC